GAGAGCUCUCACCUCGGGAGAGCUACCACCAAGGACGAGGCGUACAGAGCAGAGCAGAGAAGCACUAGGUGAGUCGGUGGGCACGUCACUCUCGCACCUCCUCGCCAUUUUGAUCACCAUCUGGCAGAUCAGCGUGUGCCACGGUCAUUCAUACCCGUCUGCACGUCAGGGCAGGCCACGGCAGCGAGGCACCACAGGACAGACAGAAAAGAGCCGAAAAACGGGGCGCCAAUUCACUUGAGGGGUCGAUCUCUCUGUGUGAGCAGGAGGAGCACCCACCCACACAAGACCACCCAGUGGCACACACACACACACACACACACACACGCACACACACCGGUAAGUAUGACAAGCAUGUGGCCACACUGGAGGGCUGGAGGCAUUUUCUUGAGUAAUUGAUCGCAAUAUAGUGGGGGAAGAGGAAUGGCCGCUGGUGUGUGUCGGUACAGACAAUGUUCAGCGGCCUGGCACUGUUGGGCAUGACGCCCAACUGGGCCCUUACGAUCCCCCAUCGGGCGGGUGAGAGAAAGGGAGGGAUGGAGGGAAGGAGCACACGGACAAGGGUGUCCGUGUGUGUGUGCGUGCGUGCAGCGGCCGAGAAGGAGAAGAAGGAGAAGGCGGCGAGGGAGGCGAGGGAGGAGGAGGAGAGGAAGGCCGGUGAGUCGUACGACCCACACGGACACACUCCACACACGAAUGUGACGAAAUGCAUUCGCACGCGUCGUACUUGCAGACCUGACCGCGAUGCUCGACCGCAUCCGGCAGCGUCGCGCCGAGGAGCGCAAGACAGGUGGGUCAGGGUGGCCGCAUACACAGGCAGGUUGUUCUCUUUGUGAUGGAUGGAUGGAUGGUGUGCAGCGGAGAGACGGCGGGAAAGGGUGUGGCUGCGCCAGUUGAGGGAGAGGGGUACGUGAGAUAAUAACAAGACGCACCCUCUUCCCCACACACAUGGUCUUGAUUCUCUCUGCAGAGGCCAUGCGCAAGAGAAGGGAGGAGCAGGAGCAGCGGCAGAGGGAGGAGCAACAACAAUCGGCUAGAGAGAGGGGUACGUGAGAGAAUGCCAAGACGCACCGUCUUUCCCCACACACUUGGGAUUGAUUCUCUCUGCAGAGGCCAUGCAGCAGGAGGACAUCAAGGUGCCUGGGCCCGAGGAGAAGCAGGAGCAGGAGCAGCAGCAGCAGCAGCAGUCAGCCAAGGACGGUAUGUGCCAAUCAAACGCCGCACGACACAGACUCAUCUCUCCCUGCCUUUUGUGCAUGAUUCUGCAGCGGGCGACAAGAGCAAGAAGGAGGCCGAGGCGCGGAGGGUAUGCGCAUCAGCACACCCCACCAGCCAACCCACCCACAUAACACGUGCCGAUCCUGUUGUGUGAUGCAGGCAUCAUGGGCCAGCACGGCCAGCACGGUUUGUGUACAUCUGUGGAAGCAUCACCAAAGUGCAGGACUGCUUGGUGGCUGUUACUACUUGGACGCAUUCAGGACAAGAACGGACGAGUGUCGAUGCGGGGUUCAACAUUUUCGCUGUUGGGCAGCCAGGUAUGCUACGUCCCCGACCUCCGACCACACCAAUCAUUCUGCCUGGCCGCAUUUGUGCAGUUCUCGAUGCCCCUCAACACGAGCACGCCCCCCAUGGUGACGCAGGUGCGCAUGCACCGGACAUCACCACGCCUCUGUCUCGAGUGUGUACAUGCGUUUGUGAGUGCGUGUGUGUGUGUGUUCAGGUGAUGACAAAGGACGGCAAGAUUGCCAUCGUACCGGUGAGCACAAAUCGCCUGAACACAAACCCAGACCAGACCAAUCAGACCACCCACACACCCGACACUUGGUAUAUGAGUGUGGCGAUCUCCGUCAGGUGGUGUACGCACCGACGAGCGGCCCCCAGCGCAUCGCAGCCCGGGCCCCCAGCCGACAAGCGUGCUGCCAGUGGUUGCCCGCGUGCAUGCGCCCUGACACGACCGGCACACACACCACAUCGGUAGGGAAAUACGAGCACUCCCGAACGAACGUGUACAUGUUGUAUGCUUGGUGUGUGUGUGCGUGUGUGUGUGUGUGUGUAUUGUAUACUGCGAAAAAAGUCGUUUUGAUCAACGGUGUUCGCAAUCCAGCCGCUCAAGGCACCGCCGCGAAUCAGGGGACCCUGGUUCUGAACACCCACAUCGACCCCACCCACGCACCGACCCACCCAUCCACCCAACCCGGUGUGUGGGUGUCGCCACGCUAUGCUAUGCUAUGCUGACGCGGCGGUGAUUGGAUGCAUGGAUGGAUGGAUGAGUGGUCGUGUGGAUAAAUGAUACCUGACGCCGCUUCUCGUACGAUCGUGUCGAUCGAGUGGUUGGUCUGGGUGGGGGGCCGAUGCGUGUGUGUGUGUGUGUGACACGUAUAGGUGGGAAGGAGAGAGAGAGAGAGAGAGAGAGAUGAGAUGGCACACCUCUGUUUGCUUCGGUGUGCUGACUGUCUGAUACUCGAUGGUGACCUCACAAAGUGAGUGUUGAUCAUCGCUCUCUAUGUCUGCGGUCGCCGUCGAGCGGCUGACUGACAGACAGAUAGACAGACAGACAGACGCACGUCCCAUGCACACAAAGGAAAGAAAGACUGCCGACUGCUGCUGGUGGGGUAUGUGACUUGGAUGGACUCCCUCCCUCUCUGUCUCUCUGGUGUGUUGUACUGUGUAUGACCCUUAUCAUCUUGUGCUGUAUUGGUGCGAGUAGCGCUGUUGCCUGGCCUGGAUGUCAAUCUGUGUGAGGGUGGGAGAGCGAGAGAUUUUUCUGUUUCGCCAGCUGUGAUCUGUAUACUAUCUGUAUGGCAUUGUGUGUGGUUCUUCUGUGUGUGUCUGCCUCUCUCUCCCCUUGUGUGUGCAUCUCAUCAGUCACCUCGCAACGCUAGAGCAUCAGCCACAUGGUGUUGGUGCUUUGGGGUUGCCGGGCGAUGACAGAGAUGCGCGCAGAGGGAAAUGAACACACACGCGACUGCUCACCCAUCCCACCAAUUGAGGCAGCGGAUGUGUCCUUUUGCCGUCCGUCCGUGUGACAUGAUUGUUCACCCGCACAGACAGACCGACGCGCAUUUUGCCCAUAUGGCCCACCGCCCCCCCAGGUUUGCUGAUGGACACCCCGAUGUGAGUAUGCAAUUGGGGUGCCGGUGUGUCUGUCAGUGUGGGACACUCAUGUGGGAGGCCACAUAAAGACACACAGAGGGACGUUUGUAUGUGAGUCGGCAUUUUGUGCGCCCCUCUCUGCCGACGAGCGGGUGGCUGUCUGGCGCAUUGUUAUGUUUGUGUGGGAAGGCCGAUUUGCUAUGUCAAUGUGGGAAGAGAGAGAGAGAGGUCUAUUUGCUUUUCUUUUGGUGUGUAUCGUGUGUCGGUGUGCUGACUGCGAGAUCCUCUGCGGUCACCCUACACAUUGAGAUGCUCGACCCCACCCCCAGACAGACAGACUGUCGUCGUGCGUGUACACACACACACGCACACCGAUCUGUCCCUUUGUCCGUUCGCCUGACUGAAUGUUGUUCGUGUUUUCCUUGUUUUCCUGCGUGCGUCCAUCCCCCUAUGUGGGCAUCUUGAGCAUCGCGGCAACCAUAGAGUAUCAGCCCACGUGUGGUGUUGGUGCUUUGGGGUUGCCGUGUGGCGACAGAGAUGCUCACAGAGGAAAAUAGACAGACACAUACGACUGCAAACGGCUGCUUACCCAUCCCCCCAACUUGCUGUCUGUCUGUAUCCGCACACACACAUGGAUGGAUGGAUGCGUCGGUGUCUGCACUGUUUGCUCUUAGGGGUCUGCGCAUCUGUCUCUUUUCCGUCAGUCUCUCGUUGACUCGUCCGUGUGAUGGACAACGCGUACGCGGCUGACGACGAAAAGGGCAGCGGUUUCUUGACAGCUGACCAACGUACGAGUGUCCUCGGAUGAGUCCAUGGAUGGCACAUAAGUGUGGGUGUGUGCAUGAUGUGGCCAUAGUCAUGCGUGUGAGUGCCUUGGAGUUUCAAGCCAAAUUGAAGAAGACAUGCAUGCAUGGUUGGUCCAGGGCACCACACAAUAUAAAAUGCAGACAGCGAUGUAUGUUAUUUGACUGCAUCGAAACGCCAUUAAAAUCGACCCACACCUAAUAGCGCGAGCUGGUGCAUCCAUCCCAUCGCAUCCAUCCCAUCCGUCCCACAUCCGCGCGACACCAAAUGAGCGACUAAAGACACAGCACAACCCAUCGAGCGGUGCAGCGGAGAGCUGUGCAUACACAGUGCCAACAUACAUAUCAAUACCAAGCUAGCUGUGAGCCUGCCUGGUCGUGUGCUGCCUUGCUUGAUAUCAAUUGGUGUGUGCAUGAUGUGACUACAGGCAGGCGUAGACGGACAGGGGGAAAACGAGUGUUUGUCUUUCACACGACACACAGGGCAGUCGUCGACAUGGAUGCACAGCCAAGCCAAGCGUCGGUCACAAUCCACUCGCCAUGCAGACCAACCAGCAGCCAGCAGUUGUCUUAUCCCACGCCCUCCCCACUCCGUCCCUCUUGAAACGCACACCAAGUCAAGUCAGCAUGCGCCUCCCCUCCCGUCACACACAUGCAGCCUCUCUUGUGUGCAUGAUGAUCCUACUUAGUAGAGAUGUCACGCAAUAGUAGAGAUGAGACAUGUAGGAAAGACGCAGGCAGGGAGGCAGGCAGCAGGCAGAUGGAAGGAAAAAAAUGGAACGCCAUACUUCGCGUCCGCCGAGACGUGCACUUAAAGCAGUUCGUGCGGAACCCACCCGGCCCGACAGGCGUACGUGUGUGUCUCUCUCUGUUCUCCAAGCUAUCAUCCAAACCAACACCAAGCUACCAGCCUAGCAGGAGGCAGUGGGGGAGCGAGGAUGAAGCAGCAUUUAUAUGCAUCCUCACAAGCACACAGCAGGUACACUCAAGACGUCAUAAGAGAGAGAGGGGGGGAGGGGAAGGUAGACAGUGUGUGCGUAUGUCAUGAGUAGGACCGAAAGAGAUCCCGUGUUCUCUCUGUUCUCCAAGCCACCAUCAAAACCAACCCAUCACACCGUUAUUUAGCGGACAGACAAGUGCCAAUCCAGACAUCCAGCACACAUCCAACCAACUCGGUGUCAUGGAACUAGACGCCACCCUGUCACGAACACACAUGGCUAAAUAUGAGUGCUCGGCAGUGCCUGAGGCUAAGAAAAUGAGCGAACACCCAUCCUCUCAACCAUCAAAAUGACUGAAGAGAAUCCACUUGUCUGUCUGUCUGUCUGUCUCUCUAUCUCCCUUAAAACAGGCUCACUUAAGUGACAGUCUGGCUAUUGCCCUUUAUAUGCGUACGCAUACGCACGCACAGCGCCCCUCCCUGUAUUCGCCAGAAAGCAUUGCCAUCUUCAUUGCUC